AUGGGAAAUCAGCAGAGGCAAGGAUACAACCAAGGAGGAUUUUCAGGUUUCCAGCAAGGUCCCUACAAUCAGCAAGGGCAAUGGAGAUCACACCCUGGCAAUCAAUUCAAUAAGGACCAGGGUGGACCUUCCAACAGGCCACCUCAACAAGGGCCAAAUUUUUUUCAGAGGACUACCAAACUGGAGGAGACCCUAGCUCAGUUCAUGCAAGUGACCAUGUCCAAUCAUAAGAGCACUGAGUCAGCCCUAAAAAAUCUUGAGAUCCAGGUGGGUCUACUGGCUAAGCAGUUAGCUGAGAAGUCAUCCAGCAGCUUUGGAGCAAAUAUUGAGAAGAAUCCCAAAGAAGAGUGCAAAGUUGUUAUGACAAGAAGCAGAAAGCUUAUGGCUGCUGAGGAUAAGGAUAUUGUUGCUUUGAAGGAACAAGUUGUUUUGAAGGACACUACUGAUAAAGAGAAUGAUGAGAUGUCACUCUACUCAAAGUUUUUAAAAGACAUGUUGACAAGGAAGCACAAGUACAUUCACCAGGAAAAUAUAGUUGUGGAGGGUAAUCGCAAUGCUGUGAUCCAGAAAAUCCUUCCACCGAAGAACAAAGACCCUGAGAGUGUGACCAUUCCUUGCUCAAUAAGUGAUGUCGCAGUGGGAAAAGCGCUCAUUGACUUGGGAGCUAGUAUCAAUCUGAUGCCACUCUCUAUGUGCAGAAGAUUGGGAGAGUUGGAAAUCAUGCCUACUAGGAUGACUUUACAAUUGGUUGACCGCUCCAUCACCAGACCUUAUGGAGUCAUUGAAGAUGUUUUGGUCAGAGUAAAACAUUUUACCUUCCCAGCAGACUAUGUUGUAAUGGAUAUCUGUGAAGAUAAUGACAUUCCCUUAAUCUUGGGAAGGCCAUUUAUGUUAACUGCAAGCUGUGUAGUUGACAUGGGAAGAAAGAAACUGGAAAUGGGCUUUGAAGAUCAGAGGAUCAGUUUUGAUUUAUUUGAAGAAGACAAGCAUGUGCCAGAUCAAAAUGUUUGCUUGCAGGUGAAGGAGGUUGAAAAGGAGGUCCUAAAGAUGGCAUCCACAAAGAGAAAAAGCACAGCUUCUAGAUCACAAACUCAAUAUGACACCAGGCAAUUCCAAUCUUUGGAAGCCUGGAACAGAUACACAGAUAGCAUUCUCGGUCGGAAUAUCCUUCCAGAGAGAAAUGUUCAAUUAUAUCAUACUGAGUUUGAUGAGUUCAAAGUAGAAUUGGAGAGGCGUAAUCUACACAAAUGCCUCACUAACCUCCAGGAGGGAAGCAUUGAUGUGGCGGUUGUCAAAGAAUUUUAUGCCAACUUGUACAGCCCUAAGGAUCAGUCACCCAAGCAAGCACGACUAAGAGGACAUUUGAUAAAGAUUGAUGCAGACAACCUCAAUGAAUUCCUUGAGACACUAGUGGUACUAGAGGAAGGAGAGACCCUACCCACUCUAGAUUCUGCAGGUUGA